CAUGACCCGGUGGACACGUCAAGCGCCUACGACCCCAUCAUGCUGGCAGGACUCUUCGAGGGAGACAUCCGGCUGAGUUCCCCUCAGGAGUUAUCUGAUAUGAUUAGAGCACCGCAUGCGAGGAACGCCAUGGUUGAGAUGGAGAACCGGUGGACCAACGGUGUGCUUCCCUACGUCAUCUCACAAUCCUUCAACCAGGUGGAGCGAGCCACCGUGGCCAGGGCCAUCAAGAACUACGAGGAACUCACCUGCAUCCGCUUCGUGCCCAGGCAGCUUGAGUCGGACUACAUCCACUUGAUCAAGGGCGAUGGGUGUUCUAGUUCUGUUGGGCGCAAGGGCGGGGCCCAACCAGUGUCCCUGGGACCUGGAUGCUUAUACGUGGGUGUUGUGAUGCACGAGCUGAUGCAUGCUAUUGGUUUCUGGCACGAGCACUCUAGACCUGACCGAGACAAAUACAUUACCAUCAUGUGGGACAACAUCAAAGAAGGCAUGAACUACAAUUUCCAUGCAUUUCCCUGGCAGAAGAUCCAGACUCUGGGUGUUGAAUAUGAUGUUGGGUCGAUUAUGCAUUACGGAGCCAACGCCUUUGCUAAGGACCCAAAUAAACCAACUAUCGUCCCGAAGCAGCCGAAUGAAGAAAUUGGUCAGAGAAAAGCAUUAUCAGAGAAAGACAAGAGAAAAGUGAAUCUGAUGUACUGUAGUGGUACUCCUGUUGGUGUCUCGACGAGCUCACCCGUUGAAGCAGGUAUAUGUGAAGACCACCAUCAGCACUGUAGUGCAUGGGCCAAAUCUGGAGAAUGCGAGAAAAAUCCCUUGUAUAUGAGUCAACAAUGCUGCCUUUCAUGUCACAACACUGGUUCAGGAGUUUCAGGCUGUCAAGAUAGUGUCAAGCACUGUGAGGGCUGGAGUAAGAUAGGCGAGUGUGCCAAGAACCCACGUUACAUGUCUGUUUAUUGCAAGAAGUCCUGUGGCACGUGUAAAAAGAAACGUAGUGAUCCACCAGGAGCAUCGGAUGGAUGUGUGGACACUGAUCCACAGUGCAAGGACUGGUCAAGCACUGACCAGUGUCGCGUCAACCCUGAGUACAUGAUGGUGGCCUGCAAGAAAUCAUGUGGUCACUGCUAGUGUGGAUUCCCUACCACAUGUGCUGCAAUUCUUGUGUCAAUACAUUCGUUCUUCUGCAUCUUCAUCACAUAAAUUAGUGCAGCUGCUGUGUCACAUACUGUCAAUGUGUGGUCUACUUUAAUGCGACAUGUGUUUCAAAUCUUGUGUCAGGAACACUCAUUCUGCGUCUUCAUAUGGAGUUCGCUACUUGAUCGGUGUCAAGCUCUGCGGAACAAGACAGAGCACGUUCAGAACUACUGCAACAAACUUUUUCGGACGACAUUUAAGAUAUCCCUGCAAGGAGAAUGUAAGUCACAAUACCGUGGCUGCAAUAAUCCACAAUUAUCCCACAAUUUGGAGAGGACAGUUAUCAAGUUAAUUGCGGGUUAAUUGUGAAUUCAUUGCAAAAGUUAAAUCUGUUCCCAGGUGAACAAUUAUCAUAAAAAAGUCAAUAAGCUAUGAUACUGUAGUGUGGGAAAUAAAGUUUGACAAUUUUUAUUCAUGAUUAGAAAUGUCAUCUGUGCGUUAUUACAUUAAAAACAUAUUUGUAUUAAAUGGUGAAAUUACUUUAUUUUUUUUAUUUAUACACACUGAACAUUUAAGCCAAAGAGUGAACAUAGAACGUGAUCAAAUAUAUUAAUGUUAUUAUAUGUGUUUCUGUAUGAAUUAUACAAGACCUGGAACAUAGGAGGCAGUCAAAUUUGAUCUGGGGAAGACGGGAGGUUAGCUCCAACUAUGUGGAUCAAGAGCCUCUUACCAGCAAUAUCAUGAUUUAAUAUCAUGAUAUUAUAUCAUAAUAUAAUAUCAUGAUUUAAGAUCUUAAUGAUCAAAUUAUGUCCUGAGAAUCAAUGAUCAAACACGUGUUAUACAAAUCUUUAUUAAGCUAUUUACCUUGAUCCCAGGGAAGGUUCCUUGAUAUCAGAGAAGGUGCCUUGAUCCCAGGGAAGGAUCCUUAAUAUAAUUGAAGGUUCCUUGAUCCCGGGGAGGUUCGUUGAUCCCAGGAGAGGUUCGUUGAUCUCAGGGGAGGUUCAUUGAUCCCAGAAAAGGUUCGUUGAUCUCAGGGUAGGACAUAUCCAAGGAAUUAGAUCAAACCUGUUUGCCUUUACAUUCACCCAGGCGCUACAUGACACCUACGAGUUUACCACUUUCCCCUAAAUUUAUUUUUUUUAUUAUCACACUGGCCGAUUCCCACCAGGGCAGGGUGACCCGAAAAAGAAAAACUUUCACCAUCAUUCACU